AUCUUCCUCUCUCUCAUGGAGCAAAUCAAUAAUAAUAAUAAUAAAAACAAUAAACAACGCCAUGAGCAACCUACAAUCUCCGUGAGAAGAAGCCUGAAGAGGAAGCUUGAAGACGAAUUCAUUUUAGAUCGGAAUAAUUUAAUUACAACAACUACUACUUCUUCAGAUGAUUCAUCUUCAUCAAUUUUAUUAAAUAAUAAUCAAAAUAAUAAUAAUAAUAAAAAUCAUCAUCAUCAUCAAGAUCUAGUUGUUUCUGAAGUUCGUUCUCAGGUUGAAAUCCUUGAUUCCGCUUUUUUAUCUUCGUCUUCAAUUGAUAAUUAUUUUGAAUCAGAUCGUGCGGUUAUUAAACGCUCUAUUCAUAUCCUCUCUGAACUCGCUAAGAACGAGGAGAUUGUGAAUUUGAUUGUUGAGUCUGGUGCGGUUCCGGCAUUGGUACGGCAUCUUCAAGCGCCGCAGUCGAAAGAUUCUUUAGUACCGAGGCUGUAUGAGCAUGAAGUGGAGAAGGGAAGUGCUUUUACGCUUGGUCUUCUUGCUAUAAAGCCUGAGCAUCAACAACUCAUUGUUGAUGCUGGAGCCCUUCCUCAUCUAGUUGCUUUGCUUAAGCGGCACAGGGAUGGACAAAACUCUCGAGCAGUCAAUGGUGUUAUAAGAAGAGCAGCAGAUGCAAUCACAAACCUUGCUCAUGAAAAUAGCAGUAUCAAGACGCGUGUUCGAGUUGAAGGUGGAAUCCCUCCUCUUGUUGAAUUGCUUGAAUUUAUCGAUCCAAAGGUGCAGAGAGCUGCUGCAGGGGCCUUGCGCACCCUGGCUUUCAAAAAUGAUGAAAACAAAACUCAGAUAGUGGACUGUAAUGCUUUGCCUACUCUUAUUCUAAUGCUUCGGUCUGAAGAUGCUGCAAUACAUUAUGAAGCAGUUGGUGUGAUUGGGAACCUUGUCCACUCAUCCCCCAACAUAAAGAAGGAAGUUCUUGUUGCCGGAGCAUUGCAACCCGUAAUUGAAUUGCUUAGCUCAAGUUGUACAGAGAGCCAAAGGGAAGCUGCCUUGUUGCUUGGUCAGUUUGCUGCCGCCGAUACAGAUUGCAAGGUUCACAUAGUCCAAAGAGGUGCUGUUGGUCCACUAAUUGAGAUGUUGCAGUCGCCUGAUGCUCAACUAAGGGAGAUGUCAGCUUUUGCCCUAGGAAGGUUGGCACAGGAUACUCACAACCAAGCUGGUAUUGCACAUGGCGGUGGUAUACCUCCAUUAUUGAAACUUCUUGAUUCGAGAAACGGUUCCCUGCAACACAAUGCUGCUUUUGCACUGUACGGUCUUGCCGAUAAUGAGGAUAAUGUUGCUGAUCUUAUAAGGGUUGGUGGGGUUCAAAAGCUCCAGGAUGGUGAAUUCAUUGUUCAACCAACUCGGGAUUGUGUAGCUAAGACAUUGAAAAGGCUGGAGGAGAAGAUUCACGGACGGGUAUUGAGUCAUUUGUUGUACCUGAUGCGGAUUGCCGAGAAAUCAGUUCAGAAACGAGUUGCCUUGGCUCUUGCGCAUCUUUGCUCCCCAGAUGACCAGAAAACUAUAUUUCUUGAUGGCAAUGGGCUAGGUAUCCUGUUGGAGCUGUUGGAAUCUAGCAAUUUGAAGUAUCAGCGAGACAGCUGUGUUGCCUUGUGCAAGCUGGCCGAAAAAGCUAUUUCACUCUCUCCUGUUGAUGCCGGACCACCAUCUCCAAUAUCGCAGGUAUAUCUAGGCGAGCAGUAUGUGAACAACCCCACACUAUCUGACGUAACAUUUUUAAUUGAAGGCAAACGCUUUUAUGCUCAUAGAAUUUGUCUUCUUGCUUCUUCUGAUGCCUUCCGGGCGAUGUUUGAUGGCGGGUACAAAGAGAAAGAUGCGAAAGACAUACUGAUUCCAAAUAUUAAAUGGGAUGUCUUUGAGUUAAUGAUGAGAUACAUAUAUACUGGUUCCGUGGAGGUGAAUCUGGAAAUUGCGCAAGAUCUUCUUAGAGCUGCAGAUCAAUACCUUCUCGAAGGGCUGAAGCGUCUUUGCGAGUACACUAUCGCACAGGAUAUACUGGUCGACAAUGUCUCCCUUAUGUAUGACCUAUCUGAGGCCUUCAACGCCGUGGCACUAAGGAAUGCAUGCAUCUUGUUUGUGCUGGAGAACUUUGACAAAUUAAAUACAAAAGAAGGGUAUGCAGACUUAAUCAAGCAUAUUCUGCCAGAGAUGCACAAUUACUUUGUGACGGCACUUACAAGGCCAGUGGAAGCUGACAUGAGGCAAUAGACAAUGGAGGUUUAUUUUUUGAUCGAUUGAUUUAACAACCUAGAAGAGCAGAAUGAAUGUACAGAAAGUGGUUUAGGUUUCAUUUGUCGAAAAAACGGUAGUGUCCUGACGCAUUGGCCUUCUCCCUUUGCCUUAGAUGGAGCAGAAGUUUGACAUUUUAGUGGCAGUUGUAACUCGGAAGAAACCAUGCUUGUGCCAAAUGUUGACAUGCAUGAACUGUAUCAACUGUCACUUAUCUUAUCAUGAUCUUGAUCUCUAA